UCAACACGGCCGGAUCGUCGCGCAUACCCUGAUCCCCUCUUUUUUCGAAUUUUUAUUCGGCCUCUGUUAAAGGAUUUAUCUUAUUUUCCAAUAAUUCGCCAUUAAUUUACGUCGCAAAAAGUUGUUCAUUUAUUUCGUCAGGCUGAAAAAUUUGUCAUAUUUUUUUUCAAGAGACGUGGGGGGGUAUAAUGCAAGGGCCCAGAGGGCGAAUCCGUGACUGCACGGUCAGGCACGAUUUUAACCGCUCGGUUAAAGCCCACGGAAACGUGAAAAUCCCCACCACCACGGAACUCUGACAUAAUCCUUCGGGUUUUCGCCAAGAUUAUUAAUGAUUCCGCUGUUAUUAUCAAUUAUUAAUCGUUGAAUUAAAGUUGAUCGGUUUUUUACUAAAUUAAGAACAGAGGCCUUGCUAGAUACUUUCGGAGUUCAAACAAUAUGUAAAUUGUAAAAUUGUAGUAUAAAGUUUUACGCGCGUAAUGCAGUGCAUGGAAACCUCUUUGUGCCUGCGGAGAUUACGGUUCAGUUAAUUGUCUUGGGUCCUUUGCGUUCUUUUUCCGGUUUUUUUUAGUUUUGGUGAGGACGCGUUGUUUCAUUGCGAAGCGUUUGAAUUUUUAAGGAGAUUCCUGUCAACCCUCCGCUUACUUGAUUACCCGGUUUUUGCGGCCUCACGGGGUUUGAGAGGGUAGCCUCGAGAAGUCUACUCUGUGAUGAAGAUGCCUGAGUGAUAAGUAAAGCGGGAAAAAUAACAAACGUCUCCGUAAGAUUGGAAAUAAAUUGAGUAAUGCCGGACAAAGCGAAAGGUAACCGUGAUGGACACCGGGAGAAGGAGUUUUUUGUCGAUGAAAUAUCAUCGAUUGGUAUGUCAUUGCGGCCAAGCGGUAGUGCAUCUUCUGGCAUUUCGAGUCUCGCGAGCUGCGGCGAAGUUAAUGCACUACCGGAAUUACCGCCGCAGGAUGAGGAACGCCUACAGCGGGCUGCAAGGAUGCUGCAGCAACGAUUGGUUCUUCGACAGUGGCUAAGCGAUCAUGGUCUCAGUUCUCAUUAUCAGAAGCUAAUGCAGAUGGAAGUGUUAUCACUGGAGGAUGUGUAUUGGGUGGAGGAUAAUGAGGCACGUACAGCCCUUGGGAAAGACCUUCCCAAGUGGAUACAGGCGCGACAGUCCCUUCCGACGUCGAAAGACGAUCUUGAGGGGCUUAAAGCUGACCUGUGGAGUUCCGUGGUUAAGAACAGUCAACACCAAGAUGCCUGGACAUGGGGUGGAAUGCUAGUGGUUUCAGUGUCAGUCGCUGGGCUUGUCACCCUUGCGGCUAUGACACAACCCGCCCUAGCACCAGAAGCAAAACACUCGCUGCUGCAGUAUGUCACCGGCAAGUAUCUUCUGCCAAGCAACUGUCGUGUUCACUUUGAGUGGGAUGAGCCCCAGCUUGUUGGAGAGACUAUGACAUUUACCGUUAAAUUUUACCAACGGAACGGUCAGCCCUAUCCAAUCUGUGACAAAGACAAUCUAUUAGUGGAUGUAUCAGAGGGUACAAGAAGGGUAGCAACCGUGAUAGAUUUAGGUGGUACUGAUCCAUUAGCAGCUAAUACAGCAGUUGUUAAAUUUACUGUUCGUCAUGCUGGACAAUAUCGUAUAGCAGUGCUCAUUGGCUCAUGUCAUGUGCAUGGCAGCCCUUUCCUCAAGAGUUUUCUUCCCGGUCCACCGGAUCCCAACAAAACCGUUUUUGUAAGACAGAGCUCGACGGUUGUGUGCACAGCUGGAAUUGCCCACUCGAUGACAAUAGAGCCGAGGGACGAGUAUGACAAUUUGUGUAUUUUCGGACCUGAUGAUCAGCCAACAGAUGGGUACAACGUUAAUAUUACUCAAGUUGGAUGCUCCGAAAGAGGUCAAUCAGCAGUAUGCAACAUUCACCUUGAGUACGACGAGCCGAAUCAACGAAUAAGAUUAAAAGUUGGAUUCCCAAAAGGCGGCUGUUACCAUGCAACAGUCAGUCUAUCUGGGUUGCAGCUUCACAAUGGUGACUUCGACAUUAUUGUACUGGAGAGUUCUGUAGCGCGAAUGGUACAUCACAACGUCGCGUCAAAGGAUCCGGAUAUAUGCUAUGCUGCCAAACUCCUGGGGAUACAGGGAGAACGAUUCUCCAAGCCUAAAAAAGUAUUCUGCUUCAUAUCCCCGAAGCAAUUGACUAUCAAAGAGUAUCUCCUAAGAUUCAUCCCAAAACGCCUCGUCACCUUUAGAUUAUGUCCUUCGACUAAGGUAAAAUUGUCAAGGUUUCAUUUCGACAGUACGAACAAUGAAUACGAAGGCUACGAUUCCUUUUCCAUCGACGAUGGCUGUCAGCCACCAGUAGAAUUGAUCUCCCACUAUCGUGACGUAAUCGCAGCAACAUUCACCCUAUUUCUGCUAAAAAAUAUCGGUGGUAGUGAGACAUUCGCUGAUAAACAGAAUUUCUUUUAUCACGAAGUAAGGAAACACCAUCAGAAGCAUUACCACGAGAAAUUAACGAUGAAAGUCCAGCGUGAAAAGCUCCUGGAGUCAUCAAUGAAGGCAACUAAGGGCUUCUCAGUUAGCGACUGGUGCAGAAACUUUGAGAUCACGUUCCAAGGAGAGCAAGGAGUUGACUGGGGUGGGGUCAGACGCGAGUGGUUCGAAUUAAUCUGCGCAUCAUUGUUUGAUCCUGGCAAUGGUCUAUUUGCAUCGUUUGGUGAAUCUCAACAGGCACUUGUACAUCCGAACAACAAAAGACCAUCGCAACUUAAGCUUAAGCAUUAUGAAUUCGCUGGUCGAAUUGUUGGAAAAUGUCUUUAUGAAUCCGCACUAGGUGGAUCAUAUCGGCAAUUAGUGAGAGCAAGAUUUACACGUUCAUUUUUAGCACAAAUUAUCGGUCUUAGGGUACACUACAAGUACUUCGAGCAGGAUGAUCCGGAUUUAUAUCUGAGUAAAGUUAAAUACAUACUUGAAAAUGAUGUUGAAGAGAUGGAACUUAACUUUGUGGAGGAGGAGUACGAUAAAGACGGUCAAUUACUUAAUAAUGCAGAGUUAAUUCCUGGAGGGAGUAAAAUACGUGUUACUAAAGACACUAAGUUACGUUAUUUAGAUGCACUUGCUCAACAUCGACUUGCUAGCUCUAUCAGGAAUGAGGUCGAUGCAUUUUUACGGGGAUUGAAUGAACUUAUUCCAGAUAAUUUACUUGGAAUAUUUGAUGAGAAUGAACUUGAGCUUUUGCUCUGUGGCACUGGAGAAUAUAGUGUUUCAGAUCUUCGUGCCCAUCACAUAGUUAAUGGUAGCUCACCCGAAUUUCUUCGUGUACUCGAUUGGUUCUGGACAGCAGUGAGUAACUUCACACAAGAGGAAAUGGCACGACUGCUCCAAUUUACAACUGGCUGCUCUCAACUACCACCUGGUGGCUUCCAGCAAUUAAGUCCACGCUUUCAAAUCACAGCAGCUCCAACUUUUGCCAAUUUACCAACGGCCCACACCUGCUUCAAUCAACUAUGCUUACCUGACUACGAGUGCUACGACCACUUCGAGAAGGCUCUGCUACUUGCUAUCAGCGAGGGUACCGAAGGCUUCGGCAUGAUUUAAGAGAUUAAAUGAAUCUAGUCUAAUUAUCUGUUUAUAUGAGAGAACAAUUUAACUGAGAUACUUAAUUUAUUCGGAAGAAAGCACUAGUCACAAACAAAAUUUUUCAGAGCUCGUAGAUGCAUUUCCAGAACAAAAAAAUUUUCAAUUGCAUUGUGAGAGUACUUUCAUCAAUUCUUCUUCCAAGGAUACAAAUAUUGUCGACUGACGAUAAAAGAAAAGAAAAUAAAUUGAAUAAUCUUGAAAUCUUAUACUUUCUCGAGAAACAAAUAUAAGUAACGAGUAUGUAUUGAUUUUAGAGGCUCGUAACUGUGAGUUUUUGCUAUAAAAACCUUACUGAAUAUGUAAAUAGCAAGAGACGAGUCAAAAUGAAAAAUGCGUUUUUUUAUGAAAAUAUCUUGGGAAGGAUGAGACCCAACGAAAUAGAUCAAAGGACCUUUUUUUGUAAAAUACUUUAUGAACUAUGAAAAAGCCCUUUUGAUAUUUUUCCUUGAACCUCAUAAUUUCAGAUGUUUUCAUGGAAUAAUCAGAAUCUGAUUCUUGGAUUUAUCUUUUCUUAUCAUUCCGAUACUGAAAUUAUAAUUAGAAAAUUUUUCGAACUGAGAACUAAGAAUUUUUCGAGAUUCAUUGCAAUUGCAUCUCUAUUUCUAUGCUUUCGUGACUGCGUAGUGAUGUAAAGAAAUUCUUUAAAAAGUGAUUAAAACGCAUGUCAUAAUUAUCCAACCGGGUAAAAAUGCUGUUCUCGUAUUUUUUUACGUUCCAGUGACUAUUAUUCGGCCGAGACAACAUGAAUAAUUAGGGGAAAAUGUAAUUGAAUCCAUGAUCGAAGAAUUCUAAUACCAUUAUUUUGUAGAUUAGAAAUGAAAUGUUAGGAGGAACUUGUAAAGUCUUUGUUAUGUGAAAUUAUUUCGAAAGUAUAGUCCCUGAUAUACGACGUAAUGAACUGAUGCUUAGGAAUAGUUGUGAAUUUUUACUAACGUUUAAGCGUAAAACGCCGAGUGCUGACGUUAUCUCGAAUAUAGUCGUGAAAAAUGUUGAAUGCAAAUACAAAAAAAAAACACUUCGUUAACUCAUGUAGUUUUGAUUGAUUAGAUUGAAUUGUAAAUGACAUUUUCUGCAGAUCGAGAGACGGUUAGUGACAAAUAUAAAUUGUAAUUAAAAUUGUGGCACUGAAUGAUCUACUAGUCAGACAAUUUUUUAAAUUUAGUUACGGAAAUUCGUAGGGAGGUGCUGAAGUGAUUAUCAUGAACCUGAAAAUUUGAUGCACGAUAUUGUGCCUCUUAUGCCUCUGGAACUUUGGAUUUUCCGAAAAAUGUCAAGACCUUUUUUGUAUCACAUGAACUUUUUUAGUUUUAACUCAUUGAUGACGUUUUGUUUGAGAUAAUUUCCGAAUAAUUUAUUUUGACUUAAUUUUGUUCAAUUUUCAGAGAUUCAUUUCCCUUUUUUCACGCAUUUUUUUUUUAUCAACAUCUUGGAUAUUAGUAGAUUUACGAAAAAAAAACGAAUACAGACUUUGUCAUAAUCUACAAAAUUUUUCCCAAAAAGAGAUCUUUUAAGGAAUCCCUCUAGAUCUGAUGAAGAUAUUUGUAAAAUUUCCAAAACUAUUUCGGAUUUAUCUGAACUCGUCAUUUCACUACUGAUUUAUUUAAAAACUCGCAUGAAACAUAAUGGAACAAUCAAAGUAUGAAGUAGACCUGAUGUCGGUGUCGGUAGAUUGUUUUUUCCAAAUCACUGAGUUUCAAAAAAAAAUGUUGAAUGAAAAAAUAUAGAUCAAAAGCAG